CGAUAUUCUGUUGCUCGCUCUCGCAGUGCGAUAUCUCACCUCCGCAGACACCACCCUCUGAGCACACCCACCACUGCUUCCGCUGCCCUCCAUGAUUGAUCCUGUUCUGUCCUCCAACUGCAGCAACGUCACGGUCAGAAGCACCGCCCCUGCCAGCUCUGCCACUUUCAGCAGCAAGGGCCAGUCCGCCUCGACUUCCAAAAUGGUCUUUCCAGAGUCGCCCAUCGUCGAGCAUCUCCGCGUGCUCAACCAGGAGCUGCAGCUCCUCAGAAAGCACGGCUCGCCCAGCCUGAAUCAGGUCCAGGACUAUGCCAUCCGCACCUGGUCCUCCAACUCUGUCUACGACGCAUACCUCUCCCACGUCAAACAAGAGCGAGAGAAGGUCGAUAUCCUCGUCGAAAAGAUCUGGGCCGUCUUUGACGAGGUCAUUCUUCCCCUUUGGCGCAUCGACGACAGCCUUAUGCCGCUCUAUGAAGAGCUGUCGAGCAUCCGGCUUCAGCUCGAAGCGCUGGGCCACCAGAGUGACUUGGAUCCCGAUGUGCGCUCCGAGACCCUGCGGCAUCUGCAGGAGCGCCUCAACCAGAUCGAAAACGAAAACAAGCACGACGGACGAUUCAACGUCCCGGCCCAAGACAACUCCAUCGCUUCUGUCGGCGCUCGAGCCAUUCCAAGCGGACAGGCGAUCGUGGCCUCUCUCAUCGCCCGCUGUUACCGCCUGUCGCGUAUCCUGGUGCUUCAAGACAACUCCAUAUCCCCUUCGCUCGUGCCGAUCCAGAAGCGCCUCGAAGUCUCGAUUGCAUCCCUCAACCAGAUCCUCAUGGACUACCAGAGCGGCGCAUCUGUCGAUCCAACAGACCUGUCCCAUUUCCAAGAGUUUGUCGACUCCAUCGACAGCGUCCGCCAACACGGCCGCUUCGAGGAGCUCGACGGAACAGUGCCCGAGGGCCAGGCAGCCCUUCACGAGCUGCUGGAUGAGGCCUACGAGCUGAUCCACCAGUGUCUCGUCGCCCAAGAGAUGGCCGAGUCCAGCUUCACCGCCGAUGUCCAGAGAAUCAGCCAGCCCGUCAUCGAGCGGCUCGUGGGAAUCCGCAACCUCCUCGUCGACCAUGCCACUACCGCCGCCAGUGCGGGCUCGGUGGAUUCACAGGGCUCUGCCCGCGACUACUCAAGAUCGGUCCCCUCCGUCAAGUCGCUCCAGGAGAGCCUCACAUCGCUCCGACACACCUACCUGAGCACAGACAUGGCCUCGGAGAUCGGCGCCGCGUCCCAGCACAUUGCCAACCUCCUGCGAGACGCUCUAUCCCAGGCCGGCAAGCUCUUUGGGUCGCUCGAUCCGCUGGAUCCGGCUCUGGCGCCGAUCCACGAGGACCUCGUGCACAUCCGCACCAGUCUCAUGGCCCUGCGAAACCAGCGCAACUCCCGCUGGAUCAAGGAGGGGCUCCGCAAAGCCGACAGCGCCGCCUCGGAUUUGUCGGCCGACCCCGAGGCAUUCAAAUCUUGGAACGAGUCGGUCGCUCGGCAAGCCGAGGUCCUCGAGUCCAAGCUGCUCGAAAUCGACCAGAGCCGAGUCGAUGGACAGUUCCUGAGCCCGGAAGGCGUCGCCGGCCGCGGCCAAGGCAUUCUGAUCUCGCUGCUGGACGAGUGCUAUGUGCUCAGCUUUGAGCUGAGCCGCCGAUUCGCUUCAGAUGCCUGAGAUGCUUGUCAUCCUUGAAAUGUUUGCCAUCCUUGAAAUGUUUGUCAUCCUUGAUAUCCUGCGCAACAAAUCCUUUGCACGUUGUCUGUGUCGCCUGCACUCGGUCCUGAAAAUCGACAUAACUUGCAUGUCGGAGUCGUUACCGCCGAGUGUGGCUGCAUAGCAACUCUGCCAUGAUUCCAGACGAUCGUUGAUGCUACUCCCGCCGCCACCACAACCACCACAAUACACCACACUGAUCC